AUGGCAAAGUCAAAGCAAAAAGGAAAGGGCGCCCGCCGUUCUGGUGGGGGUCUGUCCUUCAACGAAGAUGCUCUUGCAAAGCUCACCUCAAGAAUUGGCCAGGGCCUAACUGGUAACGAUCAGAAGCGCAAGCGACCACCCACGAACGCUUCACCUGUGCAGACGGCCAAGAAGCAGCGCAAGUCUGACGCCACCCCCGCGACGAACGGCGCAAAGACUGAGCAAGAGGCUCUUCUUGCAGAAAUUCUUGCCCUGGGAGGUGACGAGGACGACCUAGAGCUGAUCAACGGCGUCGACUCCGAGGACGAAGUGGUUGGCGAUAGCAAGACGCCAGUGGACAAGAAGCUAAAGGACGAUCUUGCAGCUCUAUCUAAAGAACUUGGAUUCUCUAAAUUUACACCACCAGAGGCUAGCGAGGACGAGGUCGAAGAGGAUGCCGAAACAGAGGAAGACGACGAUGAAGACGACGAGGACGACGAGGACGACCAAGAAGACGAAAAGAUCCCCGAAAGCCGCAACAUGGGCAACAUGACUUUUGAGCCUCGCGCCGACUGGCACGCCUACAAGCUUGCGAAGCUGCCGUCGCCCAUCACCGACGAUAUUGGUCCCUUUUUCUCUUCUCUCCAGGCUCUAAAGCAACACGCUCAAUCUCUCUUGGAGAAAGAUGGCGACAAAUACCGAACAAGCAUGUUUGCCUCGGCUUCGCACAAGUUCUUGUCUACCAUCAUGACCUCCGGUACCUUGACUGACAAAGUCUCUGCACUCACCCUCGCUAUUCAGGAGUCUCCCGUGCACAAUAUCCGCGCCUUCGAUGGCCUUAUAAACCUGGCCUCCAAGAAGAGUAGAGGCCAAGCUAUUGGUGCCAUUGGUGCGCUGGUCGAUUUGCUUGGCCCUGGCACCCUCUUGCCCGCCGACAGACGACUUCGCACUUUCCAAAACCAGCCCGGCCUGCUUGGUACGCUUCAGAAGCACUCUUUCAAGGUCUGGGCCCCGGGUCAUCCACUACCUGGCAAGAUUUCCGAAGCGCAUCUGAUUUCAUGGAUAUUCGAAGACUGGUUGAAGGCCACAUACUUCAAAAUUAUCCAGCUAUUGGAAGGGUGGUGCUCUGAUGAAAUUGAAUACUCUCGUAUCAAGGCGGUUGAUUUUGUGUACGCCCUGUUGAAAGAGAAACCCGAACAAGAGUCCAACCUCCUGACGCUCCUCGUCAACAAGCUCGGAGACAGAGAAAAGAAAAUUGCAUCUCGCGUUUCAUAUCUUCUCUUGCAGUUGCAAAAUUCUCACCCCGGCAUGAAGCCGGUCAUUGUUCGCGCUGUGGAGCAAGAAAUCCUCUUACAUCCUUCCCAGGAUUCCCGGUCCAGAUACUAUGCCAUUAACACUCUAAACCAAACCAUCCUGAGCAGCAAAGAGCCCGCGGUUGCCGAGUCACUCAUUCGCAUAUAUUUCGAGCUUUUUGUCGCCAUGUUGAAAUCGGGUAGCUUGGGUAUUCCCUUGCAAAAUGAAACCCAGGCACAGGAGGAUGCCGAAAAGAAGGCAGAAGAACCCCAUGCACAGGACGAUGCAGACAAGAGGCCAGCAACUCGACCUGGCAGGCCUGGAGGACGACCUCCCCGAAAAGGCGGAAAGCCCAUUAGGCACACUCCAGCAGUUCCAGAAGCAGAGGCUGCCGAUAAGUUGGUUUCUGCUUUGUUGACUGGUGUCAACCGUGCUGCGCCUUUCGUCGGUGCUAAUGACGGAGUAAUGGAAGCACACGUGGACACGCUAUUCAAGAUUGCCCACUCCACCAACUUCAACACUGGUAUCCAGGCACUGUUGCUCAUUCAACACAUGUCUUUUGCCAGAGGUAUCGCAACCGACCGCUUCUACCGCACACUUUAUGAAUCUCUUCUGGACCCUCGCCUAGUCACUUCCUCAAAGCAAGCUUUGUAUCUCAACCUUUUACUGAGGUCUCUCAAGAACGAUGUGGAUGUGCGGCGCGUCAAAGCAUUUGCCAAGAGAAUGCUUCAAACCGCCGUUCUGCACCAGCCUCCGUUUGUAUGCGGACUUCUUUAUGUUGUCGGCCAUCUGCGCCAAACCUUCCCCGACCUGUCCACUCUCAUCGACCAGCCAGAAGAGUCCGUUUUUGACGAUGAUGAUGACGACGAUAUCAAGCGCCCUGUGUAUGACGGCAGGAAACGAAAUCCAGAACACAGCAAUGCUCAGAGAAGCUGCCUGUGGGAAAUGAUUCCGAUGCAGACUCAUUAUCAUCCCUCAGUCACCGUCUUUGCAGCUGGACUUGUCAACAAGGCUGCCAAGAUGCAAAAACCCGAUCUUGAUAGCCAUUCUCUUAUUCGAUUCCUGGACAAGUUUGUGUACCGCAAUGCCAAGUCAACAGAUGGUGCCAAGGGCGUAUCCAUCAUGCAGCCGCUCAGAGCCACCAAGGACUCCGGCGAUAUCUGGCUGGGCAGUCGUGGUGCCGGCACCACUAGUACCCAGGUUAACUCUGCAGCGUUCUGGAAUAAGAAGGCUGAAGAUGUUGCAGCCGAGGACGUCUUCUUUCAUGAAUAUUUCCAGACUAUCGGCAAGGAACCCAAACACAAGAAGAAGAAGGCUGCUGCUGCUGCUGCUGCUGACGCUGAGAAUGCCGAUGAAGCCGAGGAGGCUGGCGAAGAUGAGGUCUGGAAAGCCCUGGUCAACUCUCGACCUGAAAUUGAUGGCGAAGAUUCCGAUGUGGAUGAAGGCUUUGACGACUUUGAUGACGAAGAGCUGGCUUCUCUUGAUGGAUCAUCACCGGCCAUGUCCUUGGACGAUGAUGAGUCGGACGGUGGGGUUUCCAUUGAAGGCGAUGAUGAUGAGGGUUCCGAUGGUUUCGUAGAAUUCAAUGAUGAGGACAGUGAGGAGGAAAUGGAUGCCAAGAAAGAGGACAACAGGAAGAAGUCGGCGAGACGCAAGAUGCUGAAAGGCCUGCCUACUUUCGCGUCAGUGGACGACUACGCAGAGCUUCUGGCGAACGAGGAGGAGGAUAUUUGA